UGUUCCAUCCUGUCAAUGGAUACAAAGUAGGCAUCGCUGCAAGAAGUUAUGUAAAACAUGGCGUUAUUCUUGUUCUGCUACAUGAUAGGACUAUGUUCAGUAUUAUCAGAAUAUAUGGAUGAAGUUUUCGUACCGUCAUGCGAAAACAUGUCCCUGACCUAUCAUCCACUAAAACACAUUGUCGAAGGCAACUCUCUGACCUUAAAGUGUUCAGGAGGCAGGGACAUAAUGUGGUAUUAUUACCUAAGCAACGGUCUCAUAGCAGUAGAUGUUACAAAUGCGUCUCUUCUGCAAGAGACACACCAGCAACAAUGCAAUCGCACCAUUUGGAUUUCAACCUUGACUUUGACACUGACCAAGCAGAUGAACUUGUUCAGAGUGAGAUGCACAACUAGAGCCUUUAUCCCGAAUGAUGAAGAUCGCCGAGGGUUUAUGGAAACACCACAAAUCCAUGUUCUGUACAAACCGACAGAAGUAACCAUCACUAUAAAGCCAGAUAACGUGCUAAUCGAAGAAGGUUCAGUGAACCUCAAACUAAAGUGUCAUGCUGAUGGCAGUCCAAGACCGUCAUACCAAUGGCUGUUCCAGCCUUUAGAUCGAAGGUUUGGUUUAACCAUUCUGAAAAACAAGAUCUUCGUCAGGGGUAAAGAUAUCCAGCUCACAAAAAGGAACCUGUGUGACUCUUUUACGUAUAACUCGCAAUACAUACAUCGCUCAAAUAAUUGGAUAUUUGAUUCCAACAGCAUAAUUGGGACAAACCACGAUAUGGUCUUAAGAGACCUUACUGCAAAUCAGACCGGCAUUUACACGUGCUUGGCAUACAACCGAAUAAACCAUUUAUGCCAUGGAGUUACUGGCAGCGUUGGUAUUGUUGUUGGUCCGAGAGCUCAACAAAUCGGACAGGCAACACAAGCGCAUACAACUACAGCUACCAUCCUAAGGAACGACCUGAUUGUAAUUAUAUGCCUUACGUUGGGUAUGACGCUCAUCGCUCUUAUCGUUGUCCUAGCAGCUUGUCGCAGACGGCCAUUGGCCACUACAGCUUCAUUCAAUAAAAAGAUUGAUGUUGAAAUCCAAACGGAUGUAGGAACGUCCGAAAACAACAGCCCAAAACGCGUGUACAAGUGCUUGGACGGACAGAUAUCAGUGGAGGAGGCUUAUGACGUCGAGUGGAUGACCCUGUGAAACACACACAGCGGCUAUGAUUAAACGAGAUUCACCAUCUCGAAUAAAAACAUUUAUUAUUUCAAACGUGCUUCAAAAUUACACGACAGUGCUCAUGGCGCAUAAUGACAUGUCUAAAGAUUGAGCACAAUCAUAUGGACUUUCAAAAUUACACGACAGUGCUCAUGGCGCAUAAUGACAUGUCUAAGAUUGAGCACAAUCAUAUGGACUUUCCUUUUUAUGCUUAAUACUUUUAGUUGCGAUGUGUUACUCCAAGCCAUAAAUAUUGUAUAAGUUGUGUAACAUCAAAUGAUAAUUGUAUAUACAACUGUAUAUAAAUAAUUAAUAUAUUUAUAUAUUAUAUAAUAUAUAUUAAAUAAGACUUAAACAUACGAUGCAAUGUGGGUUUUUUUGUGAUGAUAUUUAUGGAGAUGUUAAUAGAAAAUGUAUUGUUAAUGACGUUUUGAAAUAAUGUGAUAUCAUACGUGUUUUUUAUCUGCUGAUAUUUAUGGAGAUGUUUAUAAAGACGUGAUAUCAGGCGUGUGUGAUAAAGAGAAGGAAAAGCCGAGUCAUGCCAUACCUCGGACGAGUCUGAUACAACAAACCAACCAUUUAUUUUAUUGAUUAUGCCAUUCUUUAAAUGAAGUUUAAACGUAAAACCUAUUGAAAUGAAAUAAAAGAAACUUCAAAUAUUUAGCGAUUGACGUACCACAAAAUACGCAUGUAGGAGAGAUUGGUGACAUCAACAAGGAACAAUGUGUAUUUAACAUUUCACCAUCACGAAAUAAAUUCAGAUUAUGUUACAAAUUAUAACAUUUGAACACAAAUUUGUUCAUUUAGCAAACAAUCCAUUCAAUAUUGAAAUAUUGACGAUUACUCUUAAAACAGUUGACAUGGUAUGUCUGAUAAACUGAUGAGGGUCGGGGGAGCAUUAGAUAAUUAAUGAGUUGCAUGUUGAAAUGUGUAUCACGUACGAGACAUUGGCUUGCCUUGUGUAGCAAUGAUGCAAUAGAUCAGUUGAAUGACGUUUUCUCAAUCUACGAAGUAUAUGUUGGGCGAAAAUUGUGGGAGAGUAAUGACUGCAAGCAACAUCGUAAACACAAGAAUUACAUAAAUGAUAACAUAGAGAUGCAAUCACAAAAAGGAUAGCUCAAGAGUAACUGAAUUUAUCACAGAGGAUUAUUGUCGAUUGUGAAGGUUCAGGUUCGACUUGAAUAUUUAAACAUACACGUUAUUUUUACAGUAACCUUUUUAGAUGACUUCGUAUUGAUUUGAGUUAUUUAACAAUGAUUUUUUUCUAAUUAUGGCAUGUACUAUUUUAUGAAUCGUAUUGACUUGUACAAUUUUCGUGUUUCCUUGCCAUUACUGCUGAAACCAUUCCAUAUUUAUCAACGCUUUCUUUACCUGUGACCGACUUUGACCUGCAUACGUCACUUUUCAUCAAAACUCUGAUAGUACCAGCAGUUAAUCUUGUCCCGAGUUCAUCAUGAUUCUGCUUGCAACAGAUAAUUAAAGCUAUUAUGUUUCUUUUACCGAAUACUACUAUAACACGUAAUUGUGGUGUGUAGUGUUCGUUCUACGCGUCAAUAUGUUAGCAUUUAUUUUUUAAUUGUUAUUCCGCAAAGGUACAUCUGAUUUAGACCGUUUUAGAAAAAAAAAUUCUGUGUGAGGUUCGGUUAGCCCAAAUACUUUGCAUUAACCGUUAGUUGGCGCUUUUCCCAGAAUAUAACAUUGUACGUUUAUGAGAGAUUUAUGUUGUACGUUUCUGGGGUGUCACUGCAUGUUAUAUUAUAUUUAAAAGUAAAGGCCUUUUUGUUUGACGAAUUUAAAUACAAUAGUCAUACUGUUAUUUGAUACAUUCAGUAUUGACACAUAAUUUAUGAAGAAAACCUUAAAUAAUAAGGAAAAUACUAUACCAUGUAUUGUUAGUAAUAGCAUACUACAUGUGUUCUGCACACUGAUAUUGUUCGCGGUAUAAUUGUAAUACAAGAGUCAUACUGAGUAUACUAAUAAUAUAAGCAAUCCAUUCAAAUGUAUUGUUGUGAAAUUAUUCUUUUUUUACCAGAACACGAAAAUUACGGUAAGUGUAAAUAUUAAAUGUGUGUUUGAAUUAUUUGUUGUUUUUUCAUAUGUUCACUGUUCAAAACAUGUAAUAAAACCUUUAAUUAGAAAAUAAAUAUCGACUUCA